CGAAUAUCGAGAAUUCAAAAUGGCCGUAGUGUUGUGAGAAAUUGUUUUGACAGUAAUUAUAAAAGUAAAACGGAGUUAUCAAAAUGUUACCUCUUUCAUUGUUGAGAACAGCUCAAAAUCAUCCAAUGCUUGUGGAAUUAAAAAACGGCGAAACAUAUAAUGGACACUUGGUCAGUUGUGAUAAUUGGAUGAAUAUUAAUCUUAGAGAAGUCAUUUGCACUUCAAGGGAUGGUGACAAAUUUUGGAGAAUGCCAGAAUGUUAUAUUCGGGGUAGUACAAUAAAAUAUCUUCGAAUUCCCGACGAAGUUAUUGACAUGGUUAAGGAAGAUAUACAAAUGAAAAAUCGAGGACGCGGAGACAUGAAAGGUCGAGGUUCUAAUCAAAGAACAGGAAAUCGAGGCACUGGUAGAGGUACUUUUGGAGGACGAGGCCGACCUCCACCUUUGGGACGAGGAACAAUUUUACAAACAAAUAAACAUAAUAAAAAUAAAUAAUUAGAAUUUAGUACUUUGUUUCUCGACUUACAACUAUCACGUUAAGGACAUUAAGUAUUAAUUUUCCAUCUCAUUAUGUAUAUUUUUCUAAGCAGUGUUAAUUCUGCUUAAAAGAUUUAUGUGAAAUUUGAACAUUGUUUAUAAUUAUAAAAGUUGAUUUGUAUUGAAAAAUUACAAAUCGUUUAUGAAAUUAAAUAAAAUUGUAAAUUAAUUCUA